AUGGAGGGAAGGAACACCACUGGAGAAUAUCUGAGGCUGGAUACAACUGUGACAACCUGGGUGACAGUAAGCACACCACAGGAUGAAAGUGAUUGGCUGAACUUUCUACAAACAACCAAGAAGGCUUACAUCAUCACAAGGAUUUUGGAAUGUGUCUUUACUCUGAUGGGUCUGGCAGGAAAUGCGGUGGUGCUCUGGCUCCUGGGCUUCCGUAUUCGGAAGAAUGCUUUCUCCAUCUACAUCCUCAACUUGGCAGGAGCUGAUUUUGUCUUUCUCUUCAUCUGGAUGAUUUUAUCCGUUACAUCAUUCUUCAUAGGAUUAGAGUUUUCCAAUAAAUAUGCUCUUCUAUUUAUUCACAUAAGUGUCUUUCCCUAUGUUGCAAGCCUGAGCUUUAUUACUGCCAUUAGCACUGAGCGCUGCCUGUCUGUCCUAAAGCCCAUCUGGUACUAUAGCCACCGCCCAAAAUACUUAUCUGCUGUUGUGUGUGCCCUGCUUUGGGUCCUGUCCCUGCUCCUAAACAUCCUGAGAAUGACAUUCUGUGGUCAACUGAGUGGAAUGUUUGAUGACUAUUUGUGUGGGCUAACUUAUAUAAGCAUUGCCACGUGGAUAGUUUUCUGCUCUGUUCUUCUAUUAGUAUCCAGCCUGGCGCUGCUGACCAGAUUGCUGUGUGGCUCCCAGAAGAGGAAGCUGACCAGGCUGUAUGCGACCGUCGGGCUUACAGUGCUGGUCUUUCUCAUCUGUGGCCUACCUUGGGGAAUCCUCAUACCCUUGAUAAUAAUGUGGAAUGGUAUACACAGCUUUAGAUUUUGGCUAGCGACAGAGGUACUCUUCUGUGUCAAUAGCUGUGCCAACCCCAUCAUUUAUUUCUUUGUUGGUUCUUUUAGAAAGCAGAAAAAACAGCAAAGAAGGAGUCUCAAAAUAAUUCUGCAGAGGGCUUUGCAGGACAUUCCUGAGGAAAAUGGAAGUGAAGGCCGCCCUCCUCAGGAGACUCUGGAAAUGUCAUGA